CAGAAACUGUGAUGUGCAGGUCUGAGAUGCUUCUGCCAGCCUGACCAAGCUUUGCCUUUGUCGUUCUUAACCACACCUUCCUCUGCAACAUAUAAAUCUCACAAAGCAGCGUCUACAUCUGAGUAUAAAGACAGUCUGCAACAAAUCCCAACUUCUCAUCAGUGCUGGGGCCGACCAUGCUGGCAGCCUUAACUCUGUCCUCCCUGAGCGUCUUGGUGUGGGCGACUGACCUCUGCCCCCCAGCCUGCCAAUGUCUCUGCAACCUGACCAUAAGUAUAUGUUCGAAGAAAGGACUGGACCAGAUCCCUGACCUGCCGGAUGCCACAGAAAAGCUCUACAUCUCAUACAACAAGAUACAGGAAAUACCCAGGCGUGGGCUGGAGAAGCUGCAGGUCCUGGACGUGACUAAGAAUCAGCUGAAUGUCUCCCUCUACCCAAUUUGGCCCAAUAUGACGAAGCUGUCUAAGCUCUUCCUACGAGACAAUGGCCUGAAGUUUCUACACCCUGGUCAGUUCCUAAACUGCCCUGCUCUCCUCUUACUGGACCUGAGUGAGAACCAGAUCAAAUAUCUACCAAUCGGAUUCCUCCGUGGGUUAGCUAAUCUGAAGACGCUGAAUGUGAACUUUAACCAGAUUCAAAUGUUACAGGUCGGUGGAUUGGAAGGAGCCUUCAACCUCACUGAACUCCACUUUAGCCAUAAUAAAAUAACUAAGAUAGAGCAAGGUGUGUUCAAGAACUCAACUGUGUUGGAGAAACUUGUUCUGUCCAGAAACAGAAUCACAAGUUUGGACGAGGCCAGCUUCAGAGGAGCGACGAGUCUAAAACACCUCGAUCUGAGUGGCAACAUGCUGACCACUGUUCCAGCUGAGGCACUGAGGGAUGUAACCCACCUUGAGAAUCUGCAUCUACAGAUGAACAGUCUCAUCAGCCUUCAAGAGGAUUGCUUCUCCUCUCUGAGCCAGUUAGUUCGUCUAGAUUUGAGCAACAACAAGCUGACCACUCUGUCUGAAGGAUCCCUGAGAGGUCUGACCAUGCUGAGGGAUCUGGAUCUCAAUCACAACCUCAUAGAUUCUCUUCCCGCAAAAGUCUUCAACGACCUGAUCAGCCUUGAGUUACUUGAUCUGUACAGGAACAGACUGACAUCUCUUCCUCUUGAAGUAUUCAGUAACUUGAACAACCUGGAAGACCUGCAGCUGGAGAGCAAUCAGAUCUCUGACAUACAAGCUGGUGUAUUUGAUUCACUGUCCAAACUUAACGACCUACAUCUGACAAACAACUGCAUACAGAAGCUCCACCCUUCUCUAUUCAACAAGCUCAAGUCACUGCAGAACCUGUACUUGGAGCACAACGCUCUGAGGCACCUCCCCAAAGGCCUUUUCCACAAGAUGAGCAACAUCAAGGAGAUACACCUCGAUGACAACCACAUCAAGUCUCUACAUCCCUCAGUCUUCCAUGGCUUGGUGAGACUUAAUUCGCUGAGUCUCUCUUGCAACAAACUCUCCUCUCUCCACCCGUACCAGUUCAGAGACCUUAUCGGUUUAAUAGAUUUAAAACUAGAUGAAAACCAAAUAUUUAACCUCCCCACAAGCCUGUUCAUGAAUCUAAAAAAUCUUACAACACUGGAGCUGGACAACAACUGUAUCUCAGAGCUGUCUCCUGAUGUCUUUGUGGGGUUGAUCCGCCUUGAAGAGCUCAAGUUGAGCUUUAAUCAGCUCCACGACAUCCCUCUCAACACCUUCCAUCUCCUCCACAACCUCCACAGGCUUCUGCUAAAAAACAACAGCCUGGAUAGUUUACACCCUCAGCUCUUUGCCCGACUGUCGAAGCUAACAGAACUUAACUUGGAUGGAAACAAGCUGGAUCACCUGCAGCCUGAUGUGUUUCAAGGACUUAAAAACCUCCAGAAAUUGAGUUUGAAGUCCAAUCAACUCAGAGCACUGGAGAAUAAGACUUUGGAGCCUUUAAAAAACCUUAGUGCUGUCUACCUGUCAGGUAAUUUAUGGAACUGCACCUGUGCACAUAUUCUCUACAUCUGCAGCUGGGUCAACAUGCACAGAGACAAACUCAGAGACCAGCCCAUCUGCUUCUCCUCUUUGCCAAACUCCAAUUCUUUUUCCUCACCUUUUACUGAAGAUAAGCCGCUCUCGCAGGCAGCUUUGUUGUUACAAGAUCAUUGCGUUACAAGUGCUGCAUCUGGCUCAUCGUCUUCAUUUCCUCUAGAAAUGCUGAAUCUGCUCAUCAUAUCUGUCUUAGCCAUCAACCCACUGUGACAUCCCUUUGUAGUGGUUUUGUCCUCUCCUCGCUUUGCAAGUCUGUGCUUGGCUUUUAUGUAUUUGCACCCCAGUCUCAGUACACUGUAAGCUUUUCUAUAGAUACAUUAAAAAAUGUGUAAAUCAGAAUAAUUCUAUAAAUUUCACCUUGAGGUCAUUGAGUGUGAUUAUAUGUGUCUGAGUAGUGGGUGAAAUUUGCACCCCACCAGCCAAUUGUUGUGUUUCCAAGAUUUAAGGUUUUUGCUGCACAAACACUUUCUAAGGAAAGAAAAAUAAUAAGACAUUUUCCCAGGAUGCAAGUAGAACAGGAAAACUUUGACUCCAUGAUUAAUUGCAAACACCAUACAGAUACAAUACCCAUGCUUUGGACCUCUAGAGUAGAUGACUUACUGAUUGAGCCACUGGUGAGAAUUGGAAGACAUACUUGAGGUAAUGAAACUACACGUCUUAGACUGAUUUUUUUAUUAUCAGUUUAAUCUUCAAACUCUUAAAACAGUCAAAAUGUUGGUGAUAAAAUCUGAAAGAAAUCACACACCAUUCUGCUGGUUUUUGGGUCUGUUGUCAAUUAUUUUGGUGCCGUUUAAUCAAACACUGAGCAAAAAAGAAAAUGUUAUAUGCAUACUGUACAAGUACCUCUGAAAUACUUGAUAUCGGCCAUGUAGAGAAUGUCUGUGUUGAUUUUGGUCGCGUUUGAAUGAAGACUUGUGGAGAUAUAGAUGUUAAUUAAUUUAGCAUAUUAUGUAGGUUGCAGUGAGGCAAACAUUUGUCACAUAUCAGUGAAUGUGCUGAAAAGUUUCAGCACUCUAGGACGUACAGUUGAUUUUCUUAGUUGAAAUUGACAUUUGUUGUAAUAGGCCACGCCCACUUUAAGAAAUCAUCACCAAAUUUUAUGCAUCAACUGAGUAGUGACCACGGAUCGUCUAAAAUGAAUAUAAACUUUUUGCAAGUGUAGUGCCCCCUAGUGGAAGAAUAUCUCAGGACUGCUCAGCGAUGUUCGGACCUAGCAUCCGAACAGACGCUCCAAGUUUGGUUACAUUUGCUUAAGCCAAUUUAGUAAAAUUGUAUAUACAGACAUAAAAUGUAUGGAAAAAAAACUAAUUCUUCCGCAGAUGUCCGUAGAUGAUCCUGCCAAAGUUUUGGGUCGAUUGGCCAAAAUAGGUUUUUAAAUUUUUAAAUUGUUAAUUGGAAAUAUUUAAAGUUGCUUAUUGUAACGCCACCAUGAGGCCACCUGCCUGGUGAGAUUUCGUCAGGCGUUUUUUGCUGCAUGAACACUGUUAGCGGAGAAAAAGAAGCUUAGCUGCUUGGAUCCCUGAUAAUUUACUUGACCAUAAAAUCUGGGGAUAAGGGAUCAAUGCUUUGAUAGCACGAAUAAGUGGUUCAACUGACUCACCAUAAAAUUACUCUAUUCUAGCGAUUUAUAUCAGUUCCUUGUUAUGCAUCUUGAUGAUAAAAAGAGUUAAUGGUCUUACUUUUAACGCUGCGAGAGCUGAGUAUGCGUUCGCGUUCAUAAAUAUUAAAUUGUUGAAUGUUUUUGUGUGUGCAUUUGAAAGUCAAAACAAUAAAAACCUCAUACUGUUUAAUUUUCAAUGUUUAUCGGUUUGACUCACUCACAAAGUUAAGAUAUAACAAAUAAACAC